UCUGCUUUCUCUUUCCAGCAAAACAGAAACAAGCCAAGAUCUGCGAAAAUCUCCAAUCCAAUUUGCUGAAAAGGAAAAACCUAAUUUGGCAAUCUCCAUCAGCGUCUCUCGAUCUGAACUCGAAUCGGGAGCUAAAGCGAUGGGCGAUUUCAACCUCGCUCUGGUGAUCGUCGCGAUAGUGGUGUGUGUCCUGGUUUUCAUCUUCAAUGUCUACCUUCUCGUCAAUUACCAGCACCCGGACGACGCCAACCAGGCGUAUUUCCCUAAAUUCGUCGUCGUUUUAGGCCUCUCCGUCGCCUUGAUUUCCAUUCUCAUGUUGCCCGCUGACGUCGCCAACCGGCAGGCCUGCAAGCAUUCCAUAUAUAAUGGCGCCUGUAAUCUCACCUUGCCGAUGAAGGAUCUGUGGAUUGCUGUUUACAUUGCCGAUGCCCUGCUCGUUUUCUUCGUUAUCCCGUUUGCCAUGUUCUACUACGAAGGAGACCAGGACAAGAGUGUUGGCAAACGAAUAAAAAGUGCAUUGUUGUGGGUGGUGACAACUGCAAUUGUGUGUGCACUUGUGCUUGGCAUUCUAUACGGUCUGGUUGGAAAGGUGGAUUUCACUGUAAUGCACCUUUCGUCAUCCACCACUAACUUCCCAAGUUCUUGGGUCUUCACUAGCAAUCAGCAAUGUAUAGGUGGAAGUGGUACACAUGCGUGCUCUGCAUAUUUGGCAAGUACUUCAUCAGAAAAAACAUGGACCAUGCGCACCACUUUUCCAGAAUAUGUUGUUGCUCUCGCUACAAUUGUUGGAUCAGUCCUCUUUGCGAUAUUUGGUGGUGUUGGCAUCGCCUGUCUGCCACUAGGUCUUAUCUUUUCAUUCAUUCGGCGUCCAAAGGCUGUUAUCACUCGAUCGCAAUAUAUAAAGGAAGCAACUGAACUUGGUAAAAAAGCUAAAGAAUUGAAGAAAGCGGCCGAUGCUCUCCAUCAGGAAGAAAGAAGUGGUUCUAAAGGUAGAAAGUGGCGGAAAAAUGUUAAAGCAGUAGAAAAGGAGUUGCUUCAGUUAGAAGAGGAUGUGAAGCUUCUUGAAGAGAUGUAUCCUCAAGGAGAAAAGGCUGAAACUGCCUGGGCUUUGACUGUCCUUGGAUACUUGGCUAAACUUGUUUUGGGAAUCCUAGGGUUGAUUGUUUCAGUGGCUUGGGUUGCUCAUAUCAUCAUUUACCUGUUAAUUGAGCCACCACUUCAUCCUUUCUUGAAUGAGGUUUUCAUCAAGCUGGAUGAUGUAUGGGGUCUUCUUGGUACUGCCGCAUUUGCCUUCUUCUGCAUCUACCUACUGCUUGCAGUGAUUGCUGGGGCAAUGAUGCUUGGUCUAAGACUAAUUUUCAUCACAAUUCACCCAAUGAAGUGGGGAGCCACUCUAAUGAACUCUUUUCUUUUCAAUGUGGGGCUUAUUCUUUUGUGCUCAAUCAGUGUAAUACAAUUCUGCUCCACAGCAUUUGGAUAUUAUGCUCAAGCAACUGCCGCACAGGAAAUAUUUGGCCACACAUUGCAGUCUCUACGUGGAAUUAAAUAUCUAUACAAGUAUAAUGUGUUUCAAAUUGCAUUUGUUGUUCUAGCGGGAUUGACCUUUAUAUAUUAUGCUGCCUUUGGAUGGAGAAGAAAAAAACCAAGUGGCAAGUUCCAACUUUCCACUUAAAGAAUGCUUUCCCAUGAAGAGCAUGCAUCUCCUCGAGCUGUCAAAAUUCUCAGUUUCAUCAUCUCUUUUGAGUGUGUUUUUCCAUGGUCAGAUGGGGAUGGCCUAGUUUCACCAUAAUGUUGAAGAUUUAGAGAAGGUGGCUAAUAUCAUCCGAGUGUCAAAUUGGGUUGCCUGCAGUAGCAGCAUGUUGAGUGCUGCUACUGCCUCUUUUUUAAUGCUUGUUUUUCUGGCCUUCUGUAUGUAUUUAUAUGCUUUUUUUAGUUAAUGUUAACACUUGGUUGAGCAUGUAAUUGAGGUAUCUUCUUACAACGGGAACAAUGUUUCUAGAACGAUUGUGUAAUAUAACCCUUUUGAGAGCAAAAAUAUUAUUGACACUGCUAUGCAUUGCCAAGCCCUCCAAUUUUGUUGAGCCAACAACACAAACGAUCACCAGUUGAGUAAAAGAUUUUCCUUACC